UGAAUCGACUCUGCCGUCGAUUACUCAAGGCUACUGUUUGAUUUGCUCGGCAAUCUGCACCUCGUGAUCUGCAGUUGUUUACUCAUCRUCGGCAUCUGAAGUGGUUUGAUCAGAUGAUCGAAGGUAUUUAACCGACAAAAGAAACAGCGGGCGGCAGUGCCUGCUAGCACACGCAGAGGAGCCGACAGUGACCCACCGGCUAUGCCACAUCGGGAGCCAUGGCGGGCUGGCACCGGUUAACAGCCCUCUGCAUCGGCUUGUUGUUAUUGUUUUUGGAACCGWGCAGCGGCAGACCCGCGGAAGAAUGCCUCCAGAACAAGUCAUGCCAGAGCCAGAGACCCCCCGUCGUCCUCAUCCCGGGGGAUCUGGGGAACCAGCUGGAGGCGAAGCUGAAUAAAUCCGGAGGGGUCCACUACCUCUGCUACCAGAAGACGAAAAACUUCUUCACUCUGUGGCUCGACGUGGAGCAGCUGGUGCCCAUCCUUAUUGACUGCUGGAUAGACAACAUGAGGCUGAUCUACAACAAUAUCACACACACCUCCGACUCUCCACCAGGUGUGGAGAUUCGAGUCCCGGGAUUCGGAAAGACGUAUUCCUUGGAGUUCCUGGACCCCAGCAAGGGCAGUGUGGGCAUGUAUUUCUUCACCAUYGUGCAGGCGCUGGUGGAUUGGGGCUACACCAGAGACGACGACGUGAGGGGAGCGCCGUACGACUGGAGGAAAGCACCGAAUGAAAAUAAAAAUUAUUCCCAGGAUCUGAAGAAGAUGAUUGAGGAGAUGGCGGAAAAAGCCGGACGGCCCGUGGUGCUCAUCGCCCACAGCAUGGGGAACUUGUACACGCUGUACUUUCUCAACCAGCAGCCGCAGGCCUGGAAAGACAAAUACAUCCAAACUUUCAUCUGUCUGGGACCACCAUGGGCCGGCGUGGCCAAAACCCUCCGCGUGGUCACAUCCGGUGACAAUGACAAAAUCACGUUGAUCAGCCCACUGCAGAUUCGYUCACAGCAACGGACCGCCGUCUCCACCACCUGGCUCCUCCCGUACGCCCACACCUGGCCCAAAGAUCAGGUUUUGGUCCAAACCCCCACCAACAACUACACCGUGCAGGACUACGAGAAAUUCUACUCAGACAUCGGUUUCGCAGAAGGCUGGCUGAUGCGCAAGGACACCGAGCCGCUGGUGUAUAACCUGACCGCCCCCGGCGUCGCUGUCCACUGCCUGUACGGCCACGGCGUCCCCACGCCCGAGGCCUUCCAGUAUUCGGACAAGUUCCCAAACGUGGAGCCCAACGUGACGUACGGCGACGGGGACGGGACGGUCAACCUGUGGAGCGCCGUGCAGUGCAAGCGGUGGGAGAGACAGCAGAAGCAGCCCGUCAUUCUCAAAGAGUUGCCGGGCAACGAGCACGUAGAAAUGCUUUCAAACAUCACCACCUUGGASUACAUAAAGUCUGUGCUUUUCUCCCCGUGAUGCUGCCAAAAGCCUGAGGUUCAUGCCAACAAAUGCCUCAACUCAAAGUGUUCGGAUUUUACUUGAAAAAUCCUGGAAGCUUUUUUUUUUGUGUGUGUGUGUGAACUGAUGCGUGUAACCCUGAAAUCUCCAGAUGUCGAGGUGUUUUUGUCAUUAAGACUUAAUACUUUUCUAUCUUUYUCGGAUUUUCACAAAGUUUAGAUUUUAUUCAACAACUUGUUACAGGAUAAAAGAACGUGUGAGUGUCAAAAACCAGGGAUGAUUUAUUAAUGCUGUGAGAGAUUUCUGAAGCCCUUUGUAACAGAACAUUUAAAGCACAGAUUUUAAUCACCCUGUUUAUUAAUUUUAUAAAUGAUUUUGCAUUUUUGUCUUCUUUUCGUUUAACUUGUGAGAUUUGCUGAUUGCGUUUUGCACUCAGCUAAGCUGUUGUGAUCGGUUAUGCAGAAGUUGCAGACCGCCGCCAUAUCAACGCUGCAAAAACACAAAACCUUUUGGUCUAGUUUCUAGUGCAAAAUAUCUUAGUACACUUGAAA